CGGGAUAUUGACGGUACUGACCACGCCUACUUAAGUACAAAAGAAGCUAGAAUGUACCAUCUGUGCUCCCAAGUAGCUGAUACCUAAUGACUGCCAUUAUGACAGGCUCUGCUCCAUUGUCGCUCCAAGUCUACGAGCGGCAGCAACGGCUCGCCGCUCAAGGUCGUACAGAUGACCCAGCUGCUCGCAUGACACCUACACGAACACCAUCAAACGCGCCCAUUAUGGCGCACAUUGAGAAAGAAAGCUCCAAGAUUGUAGAUGAACAUGGCAAGUACCUCUCCAUUGAGCUACGCGACCCGACGCGCGUUUAUACCGCCCUUGACCAUAUCAUUGGCUCAGUCAGCUUCAAGGAUGUUGCAUUAGGUGCACGCAAAGUCAGACCAUCAAAACCAUAUACACCAUUAGACCUGGCAGACAAGGUGUUGAUCGUCUCGCUGCUCGGCGUCCAGCACGUCAGCUAUCAGACUUGGAACGUCCAGAAGAAUUGCUAUGCACCUAAGCAAACUGAAUGGGUCUUCCUCCGGCAAGCACAGUCGGUACCGCUUGUCGAUGUAGAGGAUCACGCGCCUUUUGCUUUUGAAUUACCAGCAAUGCUUCAACCGCACCAAUGCCCGCUCGGUGACUUGAAUCAUCUAUCGCUUUCGCCAAGCUGCGGGGAUGUGAGCGACUUUGGGAAAGCAGUCGCUGCAGGUCCACAUGCCACACAGAUUGUCUAUAUGAUUAAGGCAGAGCUCAAACACUAUGGCAGCAUCUUUUGCAUGGCUAGACAAAAGUUCACCUUCUUCCCAAGCGGUUUUCAUCGACCUGAUCCAAGAUGGAUUGACACUAUGCAGGCAAGGCACGAUAGUGCAACCAUUGAUCCUGUCGCACGUCCUGUCGAGAAUGCCAUUGGGAAAAGAGCUGGUGAGCUCAAAUAUCGCGUCCUCUGCGCGACUCUGACAACGACGAAUGAUGAUACGGCAUCAACAAGUCCCCUUACGCUACUGUUGACGUACACAGGCGCCAAGCCGCCAUCCAUUGAAAAGAUUCGCCUUAAUUUGUUCGCAACUACCGUGAAGCGCACAGAACACAGGCACACGAAUGAUGGUAGCCCUGAGCAUACCAACACGACCGUUAAAGAGCUCGGUGCCUUCACGCUUGAUGCUGCAUUGUCAAGGUCGCAGUGGACACGCGCAGCGCCGAAACCGUCCGUUGGUCGAGCCAUGUCUUGCAUCUCUGUCUUGUCGGAUGAACAAGCUGUUGCUAAUACGCGCUGGCACAAGACGACGUCUAAUCCCACGAAAUCGUCGUCACUGCGAGAACGUGGGUUAUCCUUCUCGACAACGCGAACAAUAACACGCUCAUCCGGUUCAUCUGGAGAGGCAAAAGAACCAUCGCCCACCUGGCGUAUGCGUUGUACAAUACCAGUCAGCUUGCCGUCAGGUGAGCGUAUCGUGCCGAGCUUUGAGAGUUGUUUAGUUGCACGACGCUACCGUGUACAAGUCUUGUUUCACCUCGCAGGGUAUCAAACAGUCAUGUUUAUGGUGCCUGUCUGGAUAUGUAGGCGAGGGGCACCCCAGGGCAUGGCGGGUCGUUGUGCUGACCGUUUCUUGUCUGGACGUGGCGAGGAGGUGCUGGAGGAAGAAGAUGCUGAGGGUGAAGCCAUUGUACCAACAGAGACACGUCGUUUAGAAGUCCUGGACUACGACGGCAACCUUGACGAUACCGGCAGCCAGGAAGCUGCCCCGACGUAUGCGCAUGUGCAAGCUCAGCUCUCGCCGGCAGCACCCAUCAGUAGCACGCCCACCUACACGCUACCUCAAGAUUUAUGGGAGUGGCAAGUGCGCGCUGUUUGGGAAGAUAAAGCAGAUGGAGCAUAGUCUAUAGAGUCUCUUUUUAGUACCGAUUGUAAACAAGAUUGCCGACUC